UAAUUUGGGGUUUUGAAUUUCUAGGGAAUGGAUGAAUACAACAUCAUCCACCAAUGCCAUAUGAAAUCUUUAGCUGAACUCGCCACCGCAGAUGAUAUAGCCACUGCCCUCGCCAGUGGGAACUUUAAGCAAUCAUUUUCCUCCGAGAGGUAUUCCUCUUACCCUAAUUUCACCUCCAAAAACACCACCACUUUUAGUGGUUCAUCUAUUGAAACUUAUGAUCAGAGAACUUCAAAGAAGCUCAAAACUAGCAGUAGUUGGAACUCUAGCACAACCACCGAGCAUGUUCCCCAGAAACCUUCCUCUCCCACCUCUCAAAUUCUUUCUUUCGAGAAACCAACUUCAAUGCCUGCCAAUUCUCGGCAGUUUUAUAACAUAGACAACACUGUGAAGCCUAAAGACGAGAUUGUAUCUUCGGGAAACAUGAACUUUUCACCUGUGAUCACAAAUGGUCCUUUUGAGACCACAAAUUAUGCACCAAAAACCAAUCAAGGGAUCCAGAGGACUUACUCAAUGACUAGAAGCCCGUCACAUGCUCAAGAUCACAUACUGGCUGAGAGAAAGAGAAGAGAAAAGCUUAGCCAGCGCUUCAUAGCUCUCUCAGCAAUUGUUCCAGGCCUGAAGAAGAUGGACAAAGCUUCAGUUCUAGGAGAUGCUAUCAAGUAUGUGAAACAACUUCAAGAACGUUUAAAAGUGCUGGAGGAGCAAACCAAGAAGAGAACUGUGGAAUCCGUAGUUUUUGUGAAGAAAUCUUGGCUAUCAACAGAUGAUGAGUCCUCUUCAUGUGAAGGGAACUCCGAUGGCCAGUCAUCUGAUGCAGCACUACCAGAAAUUGAAGUCAGAGUCUCAGAUAACGAUGUUCUCAUUCGAAUCCACUGCGAGAAACAGAAAGGUUUCGUGGCGAAAAUACUAAGCGAAAUAGAGAACCUUAAUCUAUCUGUUGUUAAUAGCAGUGUCUUGCCUUUUGGAAAUUCCACUCUGGACAUCACCAUAAUUGCUCAGAAAGAUGCCGAAUUCAACGUGACAGUGAAGGAUCUUGUUAAGGACUUAAGAGUGGCUUUAUUGAAGUUUAUGUGACAUCCUAGAAGAUAUCAGCUUCCAGCUUCAUCAGUUUCUGCAUCAGAUUCUUAAUUUCCACUAAUAUCCUCAAGUUUAUGUAUUUAUUUUUU